UUGCUGCCAUAACUAUAAGAACGAAAGAGACAGAACUAAAAAUCAAAGGUUGUUUUGUUAUGGUGGGAAGGCAAUAAAUAAAAUUUUAUGCAAAAUUUAAUAAAAAUGUGAGGCAAAGUUCAAUAGAGAUAUAAAUCUUUUCACACAACAUUCCGGAUACAUUUGCAUUUCAAUCUGUAAGGACCAGUUGACUGUUGUAAUUCGCUAAGUCAGUAGAAACACUAUGGCUUCCUGUCAAGUAAAAGUAGAACAAGGGAUUCUGCAGGGCAAAGCAACAAGCACGCAUAAUGGCAGACAAUACUACAGCUUUGAAGGCAUUCCAUAUGCGAAACCUCCUGUAGGACCGUUGCGAUUCCGGGACCCUCAACCAGUAGAACCCUGGACUGGCAUCCGAGACGCGACCAAACCCGGCAACCGAUGCGCACAAAUAAACCCCCUAAAACCCUCCAAAAUGGAAGGCUCUGAAGACUGCUUGUACCUCAAUAUUUACACCCCAAACCUCCCACAACAUGAGAUAAACAAACUACCCGUACUCUUCUACGUACACGGCGGAAGAUACGUCUUAGGAUACGCGGACUAUUAUAGACCGGAUUACUGGUUGUCGAAAGACAUGGUAGUGGUUACUACCAACUACCGGUUGCACAUUUUUGGCUUCCUCUCCUUACAUACUAAGGAAGUUCCGGGCAAUGCUGGGUUGAAAGACACUGUGAUGGCCUUACGAUGGGUUAAAGAUAACAUUAGCAGGUUUAACGGUGAUCCAGGGAAUAUUACAGUGUUUGGUGAAAGCGCUGGCGCUGGUACUGUGACGAGCUUUUUGACGUCCAAAAUGACGGAUGGAUUGUUCCACAAAGUGAUUUUCGAAUCGGGCAUUUGCGUUUCUGAUCUCUUUAUGGUUGAGGAGAAUGUCAUAGACCGAGCCAAGUUUGCAACUUCGCAACUGGGAAGCGAAGUUACAGAAGCAAAAGAUAUCCUUGAUACCUUGAUGACAGCAUCGUCAGAAGACCUAUGCCUUGCCGUGUGUGCCGCUGAGAUGGAGAAGCCUACGAUAGACGCCUUCUUCUUACCUGUAGUCGAGAAGAAAUUCGAUGGAGUCGAAAGAUUUUUCGAAGAGUAUCCGUACAUUAGUUUGAAAGGAAACAGAAUGAAGAAAGUGCCAAUUUUAUGCGGGUACUCCUGUUACGAAGGAGCCUUAUUCCUGCAAAGAGACCAAGAUGGCAAUAUCAUGUAUCGAGAUGAUUUAAACUUCUUUCUACCGCGUUACCUUUUUAUAGAAGAUGGCAGUAACAGAGAAAAGAAAAUUGUAUCUGCUUUACACAAGUUCUAUUUUAAUAGCAAACCAGUUGACGAUAGCACAAAGAAAGAAUAUUUAGACUUCGUGUCUGACGCUUAUUUUGUAAGAGAUAUCUUUAUUGGUUUAGAAAUAAUGGCAAAGCACAUUAAAGAUUUAUAUGUAUACAGAUUUAAUUACGCUGGCAAUAUGAAUACUAGGGUUAUGAAAAGUUUGGGAGUGAAAGGCGCUUGCCAUGGGGAUAUCCUGCAGUAUCAAUUUUAUCGGAAGAACAAGUAUGACGAAAGUACCAAUGAGGAUAAGAAAAUGGUCGCCUUUUUGACGGAAGCGUGGUACAAUUUCAUGAAGACUGGAAAACCAUCGUGGUCCUCGCAAGAACUAGAAUGGCAGCCGUAUACCAAAGAAAAUAGGAAAAUGUUGAAUAUAUCUAACGAACUGACCUUAGUGGACAACCCAGAACUAAAUAGAAUGUUAUUUUGGAAACAAGUUAUGGGUGAAAGGUCUAAACUGUGAUAUAGUUUUUAUAGUAUAGAGUCAAAUUAAAAGCAGUCGCUGCACGGAUUCGUCAUCCACGUAGAUAAACGUCAUCGAUAUAUCUCGAUUCGCCAUAAAUACGGAGCUGUGAUUGGCGGAACGCACACUAAACGAUUUUAUCGGCGUCGAUAACAAACCCGUAUAGAGGCCGCAAAAAUAUUAUAAACAAAAACCAAUUCCCGCGGCAUGGCAUCAUUAUCGACGUAGAUAAACGGAAGUAUAUCAGAGCGAUUCGCGACAAACCCAGCGAUGUGUUUAAGAAGAAAAGUUUAUCUUCUUCGAUAGUGAGGCCAUGCCGCGGUAGCAGACGCACGAAUCUUUUCCCCAGGCGGGCUUCGAAACCCGAGUUCCGUAAG